AUGCUUGUGUCUGAAAAUCGGUUAGCUGUUUGUGCUGUUCUAGAAUCUCAUGUGGAUGUUAAAAACUUAGAUAAGGUGUGUAAAGUUGUUUUCCGUAAUUGGGCUUGGACGUCGAAUGGGGAUUUGUGUGAGCGAGGUACUAGAAUCAUUUUGGGAUGGAACUCGGACGUUGUGGAUCUCAUGGUCUUAUCUCAGGAGGACCAGGUUAUUCAUACACAAAUAUGUCCUAAACAUGAUAAUAAUGCUGUUUUCUGUUCUUUUGUCUAUGCAAAGAAUUCGUAUCAGGAGAGAAGACGCUUAUGGGAAACUCUGUGUAUUCAUAAAAGCCUUUGUCAUGAUAAGCCUUGCGUAGUUAUGGGGGAUUUCAACUCGGCCCUUCAUGUGGAAGACUCUUUAUAUGGUCCGUCUACGGGUUCUAUUGGCAUGAGAGAGUUUCAUGAUUGUGUUCAAUAUACGGAGCUUGUAGAUAUUAAUGGCCAUGGGUUGCACUAUACGUGGAAUCAGAAACCUAAGCAGGGUAUUGGCUUGUUAAAAAAAAUUGACCGUGUCAUGGGGAACUUGAAGUUUUUAGAGAUGUUUCCUGAAGCGUUUGUGUGUUAUCUUCCUUUUCGAAUCUCGGAUCAUACUCCAUGCAUUCUCAAAUGGCCGAACUCGACUAAGGAGAAGCCGAAACCUUUUAAAUUUGCAAAUUUCAUUACUUCCAAACCAGAAUUCAGGAAUGCUAGAGGAAGAAUUCAGACGAUUCAAGAUGUAGCUGGUAAUCGGUUUGAAGGAGAUAAUGUGCCCAGUGCCCUUGUUCAUCACUACGAAAAUUUCUUGGGUCACAUAGACCAAGUGUCGAGCAUUAAUAUGGAGGAUCUGGAUAUGAAUGUUUUGAGCUCUAAUGAUGCGAAUAUCAUGGUUCGUCAGGUUACUCGUGAGGAAGUGAAGAACGCUAUGUUUAGUAUUGCCGAGAAUAAAGCCGCGGGUCCUGAUGGUUAUACUUCGGCUUUCUUCAAGAAUGCGUGGGAUAUUGUGGGUAAUGAUGUUUCUAAUGCUGUUUUAGAAUUCUUUGAUAAUGGUAAACUUUUGAAGCAACUAAAUCACACGAUUCUGGCUCUUGUUCCUAAAGUGGAAACUCCUGAUUCGGUUCUUGAUUAUCGGCCUAUAUCGUGCUGUAAUGUCUUGUAUAAAUGUAUUAGCAAGAUCAUUACGGAUAGAUUAAAAGGUAGUUUGGGUGUUCUGGUUAGCAUAAAUCAAUCGGCCUUUGUUCCGGGUAGGAAAAUUUCGGAUAACAUCCUUCUGACUCAGGAAUUAAUGCAUAACUAUCAUUUGAAUCGGGGCCCGGCUAGAUGUGCUUUCAAGAUAGAUAUCCAAAAAGCUUAUGACACGGUCAGCUGGUCAUUCUUGGAGAGUGUUCUUCAUGGGUUCGGGUUACAUAGGAAGAUGAUUGCAUGGAUUAUGGCUUGUGUUACCUCGGUCACCUACUCUAUAAGUCUCAAUGGUAAUUUGCAUGGGUAUUUCAAAGGUAGGAGGGGGUUAAGACAGGGUGACCCUAUGUCGCCAUACCUGUUCACGUUGGUCAUGGAAAUUCUUUCGUUACUCCUUCAGCGGGGUGCAUGUCCAGCUAUGAGAUUCAAGUUCCAUGCUCACUGUGCGAAACAGAAGAUUAUUAAUGUGUCGUUUGCGGAUGACCUUUUCAUUUUUGUGCACGGGGAUGUCACUUUGUUCAAGAAAGUAAGAGAUGCCCUUGAGCUUUUCACCAAUGCUUCGGGCCUGAAGCCGAGCCCAGCCAAGAGUACAGUGUAUUUCUACAAUGUGCCGCAUCCUGUGAAACAGGAAAUUCUCCAAGUCAUGCCGUUUAAUCAAGGUACGUUGCCUGUUAAAUACUUGGGGGUGCCGUUAAUAUCGACUAAGCUGAUGUCUAAAGAUUGUAAGCCUUUGCUUGACCGAAUGGAGAAGAAAAUUGAUAGUUGGUUGAAUAAGUCGCUAUCUUUUGCUGGUAGAUUACAGCUAAUCAAUUCGGUUUUGUCGUCUGUGCACAUAUACUGGGCUUCAGUAUUUAUCAUUCCGGCUCGAGUCACAAACGAUCUGGAGAAGCUAAUGCGUCGGUUCUUGUGGAACGCUAAUAAUCAGGGUAGGGUUAAAGGGAAGGUGCCAUGGGCUGAGAUAUCGAAGAAGUUCACAAGGUUCAACGCCAAUGAGCUCGAUGCUAGAGCAAGAUACGACGUACUUCAAACAAGACCGGAAGAAUACCCGAGACAAGCAUGUAUGGACCUGUUAGCACUGGUGAACCAACUUGACCGGUUCAACAACCUCAUUACUGGCCCGCUAAGGAUUGCCCUAACCACUCGACUUCGCUCCGUCCACGAGUGCACUAUGGAGUUCUAUAGCACCUUCACUUUCAAUUCAAGGGGCGACCCUUUCGACAAUGAUAGGGUGGCAUUCCGAUGCGGUGGAACAAGGUACUCGAUCUCAAUGGCACAAUUUGGGUCAAUAGUUAGGCUGUAUACGGAGGAAGAUUCGGGUAAUGAAGAGAACACCGGAGGGGUGCGAGAUUUGGAUGAGAACGAACGCCAAGCCACGUGGGCUCAGAUUGGGGACAUAUAUUAUACUACUCAAAGGUUGGAUCCAAGAUUACAACUAUGCACUGGGGACAUUCCUAAGGUGGAAGAUUAG